GCUUCAAAACCCAAACACUGUGCACAGCUGCUAGCAAAAGAAGCGCAGGGGAAGAAAGGGGACACAGGCCAAGGGGUGGUGAAAUUGUUUUUGUUACUAUUUACUUUAGGUAGUUUCGUAACAUAGCUAUCGGUUCAGGUGUCAAUUUUGUAUUCGUAGUGGCUGAGUUGAUCCGGAUUUGGCUUGGGACUUUCAUGACCAACUGACAUAAAGCUAGCUUUGGAGUACGGAUAGUUAGCUUAGCCUAGCCGCUGCUGAAUCGGCUGUGUACAACAGGGCGUGAUUUAAGUAAAGAGAACAGGUUGGUUUGAUGCACGUGCCAUCAAAGCCGGAGGCACCAUGAGUGCAGAGGUGGAUGCACUGACUGUGGUAAACCAGCUGAGAGAUCUCGCUGCGGACCCCCUGAAUCGAAGAGCCAUAGUUGAGGACCAGGGUUGCCUGCCGGGGCUCAUCCUUUUUUUCGACCAUCCUAACCCACAGGUUGUCUACUCUGCACUGUUGGCUGUGCGGUACCUGGCAGAAUGUCGGGCCAACAGGGAGAAGCUGAAGGGCGAGCUGGGCAUGAUGCUGAGCUUGCAGAAUGUCAUGCAGAAGAGCACAUCCCCCGGGGAGACCAAACUGCUGGCGUCUGAGAUAUACGAGAUUCUGCAGUCAGCUGGUAAAGAAGAGGCUGAGCAGGCCGAGGCAGCCGCUGCGUCCUGCCGCCGUAAAGCCCACUUCUUCCUCGGCUCCAACAACAAGAGGGCCAAAACUGUAGUUUUGCAUAUCGACGGACUGGACGACUCUACUCGAAGGAGCCUGUGUGAGGAGGCUUUGCUAAAGAUACGAGGAGUCAUCAGUUUCACCUUCCAGAUGGCCGUGAAGCGAUGCGUUGUCCGUAUCCGUUCUGACCUUAAAGCUGAGGCAUUGGGAACAGCAAUUAACUCCACCAAAGUAAUGAAGGCUCAGCAGGUGGUGAAGACAGAGGACGGCGGAGAGCUGAUGUUACCAUUCCAGGAGGACGCGUCGGUGCUGGUGGAGGAGAACACAGACAUCCCAGACUACCUACCUGAGGACGAGAGUCCAUCGCAGGAGCAGGACAAGGCCGUCACCCGGGUGGGGUCGGUCACAGACGGCCUGGGCUGGCUCAGCACGGCCGCCAACUUCCUGACACGUUCGUUCUACUGGUGACAGCUUCCCGCGUCUCACUCAGCAUAGUGUCGGUUUUCACCCUGCAUCACUAGUUUUAGGUUCCCCUCUCAACAGCACAUGUGCUGGACUGCCAGUUGGAACAUGCAAUAACUCUAACAUGUGCAAAUAUUAGGCUACAAAUCCCACAACAAGGCUGUUUGUUCACAACUAUAAACUAACUGCAGAUAUCUAGAGGACAUAGCCAAAGGACUCUAUAUCCAGCAGAACCAAAUAGCUUCCUGGAAAUGAGUAAUGCUAUGUUGAACUAGUAGAUAAAUGGGAGGUUCUGUUUCAUUUCUUUCUGUGCAUGAGUUCAGCUCUUCAUUUCCUUCCAUCUAUUCCAAUAUUUUCUCAUUAGAUUCUUUAUCCUUUAAAUUUGUUACAUUUUCAGUCACGUUUUGUUUGUUCUUUUCAGCAUGCUACGUGCCAAUCUCGCCCGUUGCCUACGUCCACAAAUAAUUUGUGCGGUUUUUGGGAGUUAGUUGUAAUUAUUUAUUGAUACUUUACUCAAAUGAUUUGAGAGCUCUGAGCAAACGCUGUUAGUUCACAGAAAAAAGUAGACACCAGCAGAAACUGCUGCUCAUUCAGCCGCCAGCUCCCGUGCGUUGGCCUGAAUUGUGAUUUUUAAAUCACAGCUUAUGAGUGUUUUGGCUGAUUGGUGCAGGGCAUCUAGAUACAUCCAAAUAUCAUCUGUGAGUUAAUUUAAUGAAGUAAUUCAGUUUAAAAAGUGAAGCUUCAUUUCACAUGGCUCUAUUUCAAAAGUUUAUUUCUGUUGGCUUUGAUGACUCUGGCUUACAAGUAAUGAAAACACAAAAUUCAGUUCUGUGGAAAAAUAUAAUAUUACAAUAGACAAAUUUUUAAAAAUGCUUUUAAAAUGGAAAUGUCAGCCUCUCAGUUUGGUCACGGCUUGUUCUUGUGUGAAUUACAGCAUGAAAGUUCUGCUUUAAAAUUAAAUUAACGUUACACAACAUAGCAGUGGAAGCAUGAACUGCUGUAAUAUUUCUGGUAGAGGUCUGUGCUGACUUUGGACUUCAUGAAACACAGAGGACCAACACCAGCACAUGACUUCACUGACAGUCAGUCGUAGCUCAAGUCCUGGAUACGUCUCUGGGUAAAGUUUUGACUCCACUUCAGUUCAGACCUUGUAAAUAUUCAAAUCUAAGGAAUGGGCUUUACUUUGCAAUCCCCUCCAGACUGUGGUUGUCCCUGCAACGUCUUCCUUCCUCUCAACUUUCCAUUAACAUGCUCUCUGUAGAAGAAGGGUUAGAAACUUUGUGCUUUACAGGAUUUUUUUCACAAAAAUCAACAUUCCACAGAAGAAAUAAAUGUAUAUAUCUCUAUAUAUAUAUAUCUAAAUAUAU